AUGUCCAAUAACGCACCCUCUACCCCCGUCAAGGUGCCAUCCAGCGCCGCAAACCACACACAGGCAACUCUGGAUCCAGAUUUGCGGUCACAAAUCAACACAGUCCUUCUGCGCGACGGUCACGUCUCAAAAAUACAAGAUGCUCUUCUCCACGCACUGAACUCUCACUCUACAAACUGGCCUACGGCUAUCCAAUCGCAUGCACUUGCUCUGCUGCGCUCCGGCGAAGUAACAACCUUUCCCGCCCUCCUGAGUCGCGUGCUCGAAGAUGUCCGCCACGAUUCCGCCCUCAACCCCAUAUCAUCGAGCUCGAACGGAACGAGCGCUAAGCCCGCAACAAACGGCAAUGCCACGAAGGCUAAUGGUGCUGCCGAUGCUAAGCCUAGUCUGGCUGUGCCGGAGUCGGUAAUCGAGGAGGCUCUUCGCGUCACCAGAGAGAGCCUUGAAGCUGUUUGCGACAUCGAGGACGAAGGAACCGCUUAA